UGAAUUAAACGUUUACUUGAAAUUUAAAGUGUCAAUAAAUGACUUCAUUACACCUAAUUUAAAAACAGUUUUUAAACGAAAAUGGUAUGCCUCUAUGCUAGUAUAGCCACCGCAGUUUUAGUUGCAGCCCUCUGUUGUCUAGCGCGAAGAAUAUCUCCUUGUUUUUAAAGAAAAAUGUCGAAGCCAAAAGGAUCUGUAUCUUCAGUAAGUAAAGCAGGCCAGUUGUCUGUUAGUGGAAUCAGUCGAACCAGUAGAAUAGGUGCUAGAGCUCCAGCGCCACCACCCAAAGUAGGAUUGGAGAAACCACCAAAAGGCUUAGAAUGGACAUUGCCCCCUUUUAGUGUUUGUCCAAGACCGAAAACAGGAAUCGAUUGGGAUGAACUAAAGAAACGAAUGAUUAGACGUCAAGCUCCAGAAGGAGAGGAUAUCAAGGGAAUACGAUUGAUUUUGAAGGAGCUCCAAGGCAAGAAUAUUCCAGUGCAAGAUUUUGUGAACUUAAUAUCUGCUUAUACGUCUGAUAAUGGUGAUCAACUACGUCAAAAUUUAUCCAACGAAAUUACGUUAUUUCAAAAACUUUGUAGAAAUGUUUAUCAAACUAUGACCCAAGACAUCAGUGACGUUUUGAUAAACGAACAACUACUUACUGUACAAUUUUAUCAAGAAAGACAUGACAUAUACAUCGAAAAGAUGAUGAAAGCUAUAAACGAGAUUUACGACAUGGCACCAACAUUCGACUUUGAGAAGUACUACAAUAAAAAGGAAGAAUAUUUAAAUUCAAUACUGCCAGUUCCACAUCCAUCAUCUGCCUUUGAUAAAGAUACCGAAUUAAUGAUGAGAAGACAACAACUGUAUCACAGACUACAAUGGUUAAGAAACGAAGGCGAACGAAUGUCUGAUGAAAACAAUUGCCUUGAACAAAGACUUAAGAAGCUUAAAGAACAACAAGAAUACGAACAGAAACAGGCUACAGAAGCAGCAGAAACUGCAGAGACUAAAGCAGCUGUUUUGGCUAAGGAAGAGAGUAAAAUGAGAGACACUUUGCAAAAACUGAAUAUCGAUAUAGAGAAGACUAUUAUUGAAAGUGAGGCACAUACAGUGAAAGCCUAUAAUGAGGCUAAUAUGCAGCCACUUCAUCCAGAAGAACAUGGAAAAACUAAGCGGCAUAAGAAAAAGAGACAGGACUGGUUGAGUCAUGUUGCUCAAGAAAUCGAUACCGAAAAUGUCCGACAAAUGAUAGCCGUAGAAAGAGAAGAUAUUCCUCUUGAACCGUGCUUAAGGAAAGUUAAAAUGGAUAGCAGUGGAAUGGAAACCCAGUUUAAUAUUACUCCCAGAGAAAAGAGGUCUAGGAUUUCUUUCAACCCUGAAUUUAAUUCAACUCAAUUACCUCCACCCCCACAAGAUGUAAUACAAGACACGAAGAUUGAUCGAUCGCAUGUAACAGUUCAGAAACAGAGGUUUAGAGAUCGUCCAAAUUUUUGUUCGGAAGAUACGUGGAACAGAUAAUUAUUUAACAAGAUUCUUGUAUAAUAUUUGAUAUUUAUUCAUAAUAAAAUUACCAACCUACUAGA